CUUAAUCCCAUUGGAUCGCCCAUGUGUGAGUGGAGGGCAGAUCGAGGCAAACCUGCGGUCCCAGAUUUCAGAUGGAUUACUGGUCAGAGAAUCACAGUUUUCCCACCUCGAAAUACGGGACGGUUCCAGGCAGGAAAUGUCAAAACCUGUCCUGAAAGACACCACGUCCACUACCCGCCCGUCUAUUAUGACGCACAGCAGAACUACAACAGAGGCUUCUGGACCAUCCCCGGAUGCAGAACUGGAGGGGCGAUGCAGGACUACACCAGCUGGACCGACUCCGGCCGCCACCCCGUGUACCUCCCCGUUUAUCUGGACUCUCAGCAGCAUCAGGACCAGAGGGAAUACCGGCCUCCUGAUGGCAGGAGCAGAGAUUUGCUGGCACCUCAGCAAGCAGCUUCUCUGAGGGAAGACUGGCAGAGGAGAUGGGAGUCCAGCGGUUCCGCGCACUGCGCCAGAGAGGCUUCCAAGAGAAGCAACAGCAGCUACAGAGAGCUGGAGGCCUGGGCAGCCCGCUACAGCCACUCACUGCCUCGGAGGAGACGCAUAGAAGCAGAGCUGCGAGGAGCCACACAGUCGCCAGGGGAUGACUUCAGAGCGCUGAGACCAGUGCGCUCAUUUUCAGGAGCGUGGGACAGAGCAGGAAGACAGACCACUCCCAGCCACAUACUCGCUCCGGCCGCUUACUCAAGCCUUAACAGGACAGAAGAGCCAGGAAUCCAGAGCCAACCUCCGGGAUACAUAGCGCCGCCUGCCUAUGACGGUCCACACAAACGUUCACCUGCGAACCAAAACAACGGAAGCCAGAGUCUGAAAUCACUCAGGCAACAAUGUGUCAGUCAGCUAGAGAGCAAGAAAGAGGACUCACAGGGGCUGAAAGACGUGGUGCAGGAAACCCUGCCAAAUGUCCAAUAUCAGUGCCUGAGAAUACCUGCAGCGGUAAACAUCCGGAGCAACAAGACUCCAGAUAAAGUGAUUGAAGGAAGGAAGUUCAGCUUCAAUAAGAAGAUGGGCGGAAUGACAAUAUUCUGCCUGGUGUCGCGGACCGCAGCCACAACCGGGCCGCCAAACGCCUACGAGAGCAACACGGAGCCACCAGCUGCUUCCUGUGACCUUACCGAGACACAAAAGAUGGCAGAUGAAGUGGACUGUCAAGUGCCGACGCUCACAGAAACGCCUUCACUAAGCAUAGGUGAAGAAGAGCAAUCCAGCAAAAUAGAGGCAGGGCCUUUCAUGAGCGAAGCUCCGCCCACGAGCGGAGCAAAGUAUCCUUUAUGGAAAGAGCCCAGUCUCUCUUUGGAAAGCCAGUCGCACCAAAGUGCUGCGGGAUCGUCUUCCGCUGUCAGCAAGACAGGAAGUCACCUGGUGAUCGACACAACAUGUGUUCUCGUCAAAAUGGAGGUGAUUCCAUCACCAGAGAAAAGUCUCAUUCACUACGUGGGUCCGGACCACUUUGAGGAAAAUUUGGACAAGUCUGAAUGGAUCCCGGAAACAUUGGUGUCAGAGAGGGAGAGUCUGGAGGAGCGGGCUGAACGGAUCCUGGGAAUCCCACUCCACGACAGCGUCGGUGAAGAGGAACAAAAAGCAGGGGCCCCCGGGGGAAAUGAAAAAGAGGCGGGAGAUCAGGGCGGAGGAAGUGUCAGAGAGGACAUCGAGCCAGUGGCCUCAGAGGAAGAUGGAGGAGGAGAAAAUCUCAUAAGUUGUGAAAUGAGAGCAGACAGCAACGAUGACAGCGACAAACGUCUUGGAGGCAGCAACAGUUCUGCUCCAGCUUCCAGCCCAGCCUCACCACUCAGAGACACAAACCAAGCCGACGCUGAGUUCAGUUUAACAGACACCUCAACUCCUCCAGACACUCAGUCGUCUUCUGCACCAGCUGAGCCUUCAGCAAGUCAAGGAGAAGAUGAUGCUAGAGCGCACACAAGUGACCUUCAUGACCAAGCAUCUCUGAGCAAAGCCAUCGAUGCACCUGAACAGCCGUUUGAAGAUGACUUUAAUGAGGUGACCCCGAGUGAUAAACAGGAAGCAGUGGAGGUCACAGCCACAAACACCAGAGAGGAACAAGAACCUAACUCACCACAUGAUGAUUGUGAGUGUGGAGGAGAAGAGAAGGUUGAAGAACUCCAGGAUGAAGAAAAUAGCAAUGAGUUUUCAGACACAACUGCACAACCGACGUCGACCAACAUUCACAAAGAGAUGGAGGUUGAUUCCAACCAAGACAUUUUAUUGGAAGCUGAGGGUGAAGGUCAUCCAUCUGAUAAUGACUCUGCAGAUGGAUCAUCAGGAGAACAUUCCGUACCCAGAAGCAAAGAGGCCGAGGUGGCGUCUGAAGCUCAGUGUUUUCUUCCUCUUCUGGCUGAAGAAAAAACACCUGGCUUCCUGCCAACAUCAGACGAGAAUCGUCAAGAAGCCAGCUCUCCUGAUGUGAACUCACAAACACACUCCUCUGAACCUCUGACGUCCAGCUCUUCUCCUCAAGUGGAAAUGGAUCCCAGAAUCACAGACGAGCCGGAGUAUCCGAAGUCGCUCUGGGAUGCUGUGAAUCGCAUCCGAAGACAUACAGCGCCGGACUCUGAGAACGAAGAGGAGGAACCAUGGGACCCAGAAUUUGGUGGGCAGCAGUCACGCUCAGAUGAGACGUUCCACCAGCAGACAGUCUUUGGAGAACCGACAUUACGGCCAGCUUCAGCAGCAGGUGUAGAUGAAGAGGGGAGCACGACCCUGAUGGACCUGGAUCAUGAGCUUAAGACACUAACAGCCGAGGACGACACACUGUCCUGCAGCAGUCAUGACUCUGGAGACACUGUGAUAGAUGCAGAAGAAGACGAGGAGUCGGACACAACACCUGGGGCUGAUGUGGAGAUCUUAGCAUUGUGUGAGGAGAGAUGCUGCUCUGGAGAAGUGGAUAUCAUUACUGAUGGAGGCGGAAGAAUGAGUGAUGGAGAUGAGAACAAGGCUGAUGGAGAGGAGAGCAAAACACAAGAAGGAAACAGCGAGAACAAAGAUGGAACCCCGACUGAUGAAGGAGGACCUGACGCUCAGAGUGAGGAGCGUCUUCCUGUGGUUGCUAUGGCCACAUCUCAGGAGAACAAGGUCAUCACUGAGACAAUCAGCGGUCUCGACAACCUCUGAGAUCCUCACCACCGUCAGGGCCUGAAUCGGAUCGCUUGGUAGCCGGUGCUUCUUUCACGCUUGGUGUUUUGAGUAGAGCAACUUAGCAAGCGCCACAAGGGCUAUUUUUAUAAGGUUGAUGUGUGGUGAUGUGCUUGGAGCCUGUAAAAGUUGUGUCAAGUUCUUUUUAAUAAAUUAUGA